AUGGAGGAUCCGAAUCCGAAUCCGAAUCCGGAUCCGGAUCCGGAUCCAUGGUUCGCGCCCGAUAAGCUCGAGCACGUCGUCGCUUGCCUUCUCAUAACCCUCGCCGUCGCUUUCCUCGCCGGUCGGAGCCGCCUCCCGUUGCUCCACCGCCACAACGCCGGCAUUGGAUCUAUCGCCGCUCUCAUCGCCGGCGCCGCCAAGGAGGCUUGUGAUGAACUCGGCCUUUGGGCCUCCUCCGGCGCCUCCGCCCGUGAUGCCGCCGCUGACCUCCUCGGUGUUCUUCUCGCUUCCCUCUUUCUCGCCGUACUCCGCCGGUUCCGCCCUUCCCCACUUCCUCUUGCCCCCGAUCGUGCCCUCUCCCUCGUUUAGAUCCCCAUUUGGAUCCGAUAAUGAAAACCCUAGAAAUUCCACAGUUGCAGAAGGAAGUAAGGAAUCUGUUUCUAUUAUUCAGGUUCUUGGUUUAUCUGUGCUGAUUCUGCAACAUAAAACUUGACACGGCAUUAGCUUUGUAAAAUGAGUUGCAAAAGCAGGUAAUCUUCUUUCGUUAUUUUGAAGUCAUAAUGCAACAAUUUAACUGCCUAUGAGAUUAGAGAAUAGUUAGAAUACCGUUGUUGUUACCUGCGCAUGAUGAGGAUUAUUCAAUCAUUUUAAAAGCAUUGCUGAAGGUUAUCAUUGUGAGGAAAUUGCAGCAGAGACUAUUUAAAAGAUUGCUGGAUAACAUGACAAAUUAGAUUGAUGAAAUUGACAAAGGCUGCCUUCUGCGAUCAUAUUAUUGCUUAUCUGCUAGAUCUGCAAAUGCAAGCUCGGUAAUUCGCAUUGCUGUCAGCUCUCACUCCAGGUGGCAUUAUAUAACACAACCCUGCAUAUAACAGCAUUGCCGGACCCAUGUACACCGGCGGCCCCCAACCAAAGUCCGCACCGUAUAAUGGUAACCUUGUCCAGCUCGUUAUAGACAAAUCGGUCCUCGGAAAC